CUGAAGUGAGAUAAGGACAUUCUUUUGGUGGUGGUCGUGUUUGACGAAGUGAGAGGAUGUUGCUGUAUAUUUUGCUGCUACUACUUCACACAAAAUGUAUUGAAGGUACAUCGGAAUCAUGCAACUGCUGCCCAGAUGCAUGGAUCCGGUACGGUAAUUCCUGCUACAUGUUUGUUGGUACCACGGAGACAUGGGUGGAGGCAUCUCAACAAUGUCUUAUGCGUGGAUCGGCAUUGGCUGCUAUUGAGACUGCUGAAGAAAAUGCAUUCAUAACUGGCUAUCUGAAGGUGUUUGGCGAUAUUGGUGCCAAUAUGCAGACGUGGAUAGGUGGCAGUGACGUAGAGAUAGAGGGAAUAUGGAAGUGGGCCUCGAGUGGAGAACGUGUGACAUACACUAACUGGGCACCCACCGAGCCCGACGAAACUGGAGACUGUAUGGUCAUAUGGCCAGCCGGUGGCUACAACUACAGAUGGGCAGAUUAUCCGUGCCACAGCCUAGCAAAGUUCAUCUGCGAAAAAAAGAUAACAGCCGGAAGUCUUGUUGGAUAAUCAAAAUACAUUAUUUACAUUUUGCAGGAAGGACGUAAAAUGUUCAAAAAUAAAAUUGUAAGACAUCA